CAUAAUGCCGCACUCCCCGCCGUUCCCGGAGCAACAGGGAAAAUGGCAGCCCUCACCACCCUCACUCAGCUGUCGAGUGGGAACCCAGUGUAUGAAACAUUUUACAGACAGUUCAACUGGAUUCAAUCAUAGUGACAAAUCAUGGAACACACAGGGCUUAGUGCACCAGCCAGGACAAGGCUUGAGGUCGAUCCAGGAAACACGGGGAGGGUCGGACCUACAGAGGCCGCUUUGUUUCUGAAGAAAUCAGGCUUGCCGGAUAUCACUCUGGGAAAGAUCUGGGACCUUGCUGAUCCAGAUGGAAAAGGUUUCCUGGACAAGCAGGGAUUUUAUGUUGCUUUGCGGCUUGUGGCCUGUGCACAGAGCGGUCAGGAUGUCUCUCUCACAAGUUUAAACCUCACCGUUCCCCCACCUAAAUUCAAGGACCCUAGUAGCCCGUCAUUAGGUGGCGCUUCAUCAACUGACAGCCACUGGGCCGUUAGACCUGAAGAGAAAAGCAAGUUUGAUGGUAUUUUCGACAGUCUUGUGCCUGUAAAUGGGUUACUGUCUGGAGAAAAGGUGAAGCCAGUCCUUAUGAACUCGAAGCUGCCGGUGGAUGUGCUAGGAAAGGUUUGGGAUUUGAGUGACAUUGAUAAAGAUGGACACUUGGACAGGGACGAGUUUGCAGUGGCCAUGCACCUGGUGUAUCGUGCUCUGGAGAAGGAGCCUGUUCCCUCUGUUCUGCCCUCGUCUCUCAUCCCUCCAUCCAAACGCAAGAAGUCUGUGGGAUCCUUAUCCAGCAUGACCCCCGUGCUGCCAGGAAGCCCACCUCCUCCUAAAGACAGCCUGCGAUCCACACCAUCACACGGCAGCAUGAACUCACUGAACAGCGCUGGGAGCUUGUCACCUAAACACACACUCAAAUCCACACAGCACUCUGUAAACUGGGUGGUGACAGCAGCAGACAGAGGACGCUACGAUGACAUCUUCCUCAAAACCGACGCCGACCUCGAUGGCUUUGUCAGCGGCCAUGAAGUGAAAGACAUCUUCAUGCAGUCUGGCCUUCCACAGAACCUUCUGGCACAUAUAUGGGCUUUGUCAGACACACGGCAGAUUGGGAAGCUGACACGAGAGCAGUUUGCUUUGGCCAUGUACUUCAUUCAGCAGAAAGUGAGCAAAGGAUUGGAUCCUCCACAGGCACUGACCCCAGAAAUGAUCCCUCCGUCCGAGAGAGGAACCCCUAAUAUGUCAGGGUACAUGACACCUGUGGGCUCUGAGAUGGCAGCGCUGACUGAAAUGCGCAGAACAAUAAUGUACAACUCCUGGGACAGCUCCAGUUCUGUGGGAUCUGGCGAAUUUACAGGAAUCAAAGAGCUGGAUGAUCUGAGUCAGGAGAUUUCUCAGCUGCAGAGGGAGAAAUACACACUGGAGCAAGACAUCAGGGAGGCAGAGGAAGCCAUCAGACACAAAACUACUGAGGUUCAGGAAAUGCAGAAUGAUCUGGACAGAGAAACAUGCAGUCUGCAGGAGUUAGAGGCCCAGAAACAGGACGCUCAGGAUCGACUGGACGAGAUGGAUCAGCAGAAAGCCAAGCUGGAGGACAUGCUCAAUGAAGUACGACAGAAGUGCCAGGAAGAGUCCCAAAUGAUCUCCUCGCUUCAGAGUCAGAUCCAUUGUCAGGAGUCAGACCUGCUGAACCAGGAGGAGGAGCUGAGUCGGGCUAAAGCGGACUUAACCCGGCUACAGCAGGAGGAAAGUCAGUUGGAGCAGAGUCUGCAGGCCGGAAAGAUCCAGCUCGAGACCAUCAUCAAGUCCCUGAAGGCCACGCAAGACGAGAUCAACCAGGCUCGCAGCAAGCUCUCUCAGAUUCAGGACAAUCAGCACGAGAUUAGCAAAAGCAUUGAGCAGUACAGCAGUGCUCUGAACGGUACACAUGGAGGCAGCAUGACUAACCUAGCUGACAUGAGCGAGGGGUUUCCCGACAAGGAGAACGGGGGCUUUGGUGUCAUGGACGACCCAUUUAAAGUGAAGGCUAGUGUGUUCAGCACGAACUCUCAGGAGAUGCACACAGACCCCUUUCAGUCUGAAGACCCUUUCAAAUCUGACCCUUUCAAAGGUGAUCCCUUCCAGAAUGAUCCUUUUGCCAAGCAGCCUCCCACAGCAACAGAUCCAUUUGGCGGAGAUCCAUUCAAAGAGACCGACCCAUUUAAGUCCAUGUCAGAAGACUUCUUCAAGAGACCGGCCAAAGCUGAUCCCUUCACCAGCUCGGACCCUUUCAGUAAAAGUGCUACACUUCCUGUAAAGUCUCAUAACUUCUCGAGCAACGACCCCUUCGCCUCCACCAGCCCCAAACACAAAGGCUCAGACCCCUUUGGGACUCUGGACCCUUUUGGCAGCAGCUCAUUUGGCAGCAACAACAGUGGCUUUGCUGAUUUCAGUCAGAUGUCGAAGCAGACCUUCUCUGAGGACCCCUUCGACCAAAACCAGGACACUCCAGCUCUCCCACCCAAGAAGACCAUACCGCCUCGGCCCAAGCCUCCCAGCGGUAAAAGCACUCCAACUAACCUAUCCGGAUCUGUGGAUUCAGCCAAGUCGAGCGAUCCCUUCCAGCCCUUUGGCUCAGACGCUAAUGACCCCUUUCAGAAUAAAAAGGGCCCCAGCGACCCGUUUAGUGGCAAAGAUCCGUUUGCUCCAUCUGCUUCAAGUAAAGCCACUAAAGAUUCUUCCUUGGGUUUUGCAGACUUCAGCUCUUUUGGGAAUGAGGCGCAGCAGAUGGAGUGGGCCAAGCGCGAGAGCGAGCGAGCAGAGCGUGAGAGGCUGAAGAGACUCAGGCAGCAGGAGCAGGAGGACCUGGAACUGGCCAUUGCACUCAGCAAAGCUGAGAUGAACAACACCUGAACACCUGCUCUUCCAUCUCGUAUACCAUCUUUACAUCACUGCAGCAGAGGAAAGUGAGUGUGUGUGUGUGAGUGUGUGAGAGAGACUGAGAGAGUGAUGGAGAGUGGUUGAGAUGUGUGUAAUUAGUUUUUAAUGUCUUAAACGUUUUAUUUUAAUGUACUGACGGGGCAACCCAUGUGUUAUGUGAAUGGGCUUGUUCAUUCUACAUGCACUGACUUAACCUGCACUACCCUGUGUGUGUGUGUGUGUGUGUGUGUGUGUGUGUGUGUGUGUGUGUGUGUGUGUGUGUGUGUGAGAGAGUGAGAGACAGAGCGAACUCUACUAGCCAUAUUGAUUUUAAACAAGAAAAAUACAUUUCAACUUUACCCCAAAGACAUGAUUGGUGUCUCUCGUAUGCAUUUUUAGGGUUUUCUUUUUUCUUUUUUUUUUUCUUUUUUUUGUAUGCUUGAGAAAAUGUGCAGUCCAAUGGAGCUAAAACAACACCCCAAACAUGUGCUGUCAGAAGAAGAAGCUCAUUGGCUGCUGAACUCCAUGUUGGUAAAGUCAUUACCUUUGUGUUAGAACAUUCUCACAGACCCGAAGCAUGUAAAGCCAGCCAGCCAUAUCAAUGCUGCAUCUCAGGGCAGCGUAAUACACUGGGAAACUGCUGUCGGCCCUCUUCCACAUAGAUAAGCACUGUUUGUACAGACGUUAAAAACUGGCAAAGUUCUUGUAUAAAAAAAGACACCAAACAUUUCUAGACUACAAAGUAUAAAAUCGGGUAAAUUAAACGCAAGACCAUUCAUGAAAUUCUGUAAUUUGCCUUCAAGACAAAACACUAAAACUAGAAUGUUCAUGAUUUCUUAAGUUUUAGUCACUUCUCUAUUUUCCUGUCAUAGACACUGAGCUGAGCAGCCUGGUAUGUGACUGGUGUCUAAUAUAAUUAUUGUUGGUCUGACACACACACGCACACACACACACACACAAAGCUCCAGUCUCUGCACAGGUUCAGAUCGUCUUUGCCGAUUCGGCUCUGCAACUUGUUAGUGUUCACGGACGCAUGAUGUAUAAACCUUGACCCUGUGCAGGAGAGGCUGUGAAAUAAUCCACUCAUAUCAUUUUCAUUUUGUUUUAAUUUGCUGCCGAUAAUUGAGACACCUGCCGUCCCCCCCCCCGCCCCCCCCAAAUAAAGCUUAUUUGUUCUCCAUAAGUACAAUCCACUAAAGAUGGUGAGAUGCAAUGAUAUUUGUUCUGAUCGUGUUCCAGACUCUGAUUAGAAACAGCUUGUGAACAAAUUCUGCUAACAUUGCCAGUUCCCUGCUUUACCCUUUCAGUAUUAAUCAAGAUGUUUCCUGAGUUCUUUUACUAAAACAUUAUUGUAUUUUACUUGAACUGCCUGCCAUGUUUAAACCUGUGGUUUUAAUAUUUUGAGUUGCUUGAAGUGAAUUUGUUCUUGUUCAAACUUUCUCACCAUGGACACAUGGACUUUAUAGACUUCCUCAAGCUGCGAACAUUAACUGCUCACCCUUCAGCUGCAGUCCUCUCUGUUGGCCAGGGAAAUGAACUUGGUUCAGGGACUAGCAGAGUUGGAAUGAAGGUGCCGCUGAUAUUCAGUGUGCAAUUUAGAAUCACUUGCUAACUGUAACAUAGCCUACUGAAAAUCAAAUAUUUUUGGUUUGCUCUUGUAAUACUCUUUUGCCAAUCAGUGGUGUGAUUUUAGUUUUUAUUUUUUCCCUUCCUGUUAUGAGUAGGCAUGUGCAGAAUAUUGAUCAUGUUCUACACCAAAUAAGGAGUGAAACAUUGUGUUUUAGGCACAUAAUCAUCAUUUAGUUGGUGUGAUGCAAAGAUUAUAAUAUUAGUUAUAAUACAGUUAUAAUAUUUUACACCGGUAAUGACUCCUAUGAAAAGAGAGAACGACAAAAAAAAAAAAAAAAAAAAGGUUAAAAACAUGUUUAAGACCAUCAACCAUCAGGUUCCCAUGGACACUGUUACUAUGGGAACAAUUAUGUAUAAGAAUGAGCACUUCAAUAUAAACCUGUGAUUUAUAACAGAGCUGCUGUUAUAGAAAAUUCAUCAAUGUUUUCUGAUCGGUCAGAAUUCAUGGGCAGACAGCUGGAGCAUGAGCACAUGCCUACUCAGAAACACGCCACUUUUGUUUCAGCGUUAACAGUGUUACAGUUUUAGUCUGGAUGAACUGUUUUUCUACAUCCUGAUAAACCUCCUUUGAAUAGAUUUAUAUCUGAAAAUAAGUCUUGUUAAAUUCUGUACAGACAGAUGUUAGGUUCUGUUAAUAGUUUACACCAUCUUAAGCUCAUUCACUUCCUCUUUUUUUUUUUUUGGGAGCUAAAUAACACGAAGCCUCACAUUUCAUUAGAUGCCCAGGCGUGCUGUACUUGUCUUCGUUACCUCCAUUGUGCAAUAGUUUGUAUAUUUUUAUUUGUGUACUAAAAUACCUGUAAACUCAUUUUUAACUUUCUUAUUUCUGUUUGGAAAUGUGAGUGUUUUAAAUGCCUGUUCAUGUCAAAGCAGAUGAUCCACCGAUCUUGCGCUGGUUGCGUUCUUUUUGGCCUGAUUUAUUCCCUCGCUUGUAGACAUCCAACAAACCAAAUUAUUAAUCACCAUACUGAAAUGCAUUUAAAAACCAUGAGUACAUAAUGAAUAUCACAUAUUAUAUUUGUCUUAUUAAAAAAAAACUCCAAACAUGUAA